UCUCUCUGUCUGUCAAAUAAAUAAAUAAAAUCUUAAAAAAAAUAAAGUUAAACAAAUAUUGUAGCAACAGCGUCAACUACCAUGUAUUCAUUAACUUCCCCUCAACAUUGGGCAUCUUCUCUGUGUCAGGCACCAUUCUAAGUGCUGUGGAUAACAGCAGAGAACAAGACACACACACGAAUCCCUGCCCUCACGAAGCUGGCAUUCUAGAGGAAGUUGGCUUGUCCAAAGCUUCAUUUGGUCAGGUUCCUUACAAUAAAAUGUAUCAAAUGCAUGUUCAUGACAUAAAUAUUGACUAUUCAGUUCCUCAUUCCACACAAAGUAGGUCUGAUUAGAUUUCCCUGGGCUACCUGACAAGGCUCACAGUAUUUGUGACUGCCCAGCCUUGUCCCGAAUGGUAAAUCAAUGAGUCAUUCUUUCUCUCUACCGCAAUGUUUAUAAUACUUGUCAAAUCUAAACGCUGCUGUAUGCAAACCGUGCUUGGAAAGUCUCACUCCCUUCUCUCCCCUGCUCCUCUCUGCUCUAGGCUACAGAGAGCAUCCAGUUGUCAUGCAGAUGAUGAGGCUGUGACUGAUGAAUUGCAAAUCCUGGCUACUGUUCCCAAAGAAAGACGUUUCUCACCACCAUUCCAAUGCGCUAGAGAUCCCAGACAUGCAACGGGCAGACACAAAAUGGCAGCCACCAAAGCGCUGAGGGGAGUCCUUCCUGUCCUUUCUGCCCCGGCUCCUGGUUUUUUUCCAUGAUGGCCUGCAACAGCUCCAGCCCCGAGACCUACCAGUACUUGUUGCUGAACGGGAGCAGUGUGUCGUACUCUGGGGUCACCACACCACCCGCCCCCCUCAGGAUAUCCUUGGCGAUAAUCAUGAUGCUGAUGAUCGUGGUGGGAUUCCUCGGCAAUGCCGUGGUCUGCAUCAUCGUGUAUCAGCGGCCCGCCAUGCGCUCCGCCAUCAACCUGUUGUUGGCCACGCUGGCCUUCUCCGACAUCAUGCUGUCCUUAUGCUGCAUGCCUUUCACCGCCGUCACCCUGAUCACAGUCCACUGGCACUUUGGGGAUUACUUCUGCCGCCUCUCGGCCACCCUGUACUGGUUUUUUGUCCUGGAGGGCGUGGCCAUCCUGCUCAUCAUCAGCGUGGACCGCUUCCUCAUCAUUGUCCAACGACAGGACAAGCUGAACCCGCGGCGGGCCAAGAGGAUCAUCGCCGUGUCCUGGGCGCUGUCGUUCUGCGUGUCGGCGCCCUCGCUGGCAGGCCGGACGUUCGUGGAGGUGCCGGCGCGGGCCCCCCAGUGCGUGCUGGGUUACACGGAGUUCCCGGCGGAGCGCGCCUAUGUGGUGACGCUGGUGGUGGCCGUGUUUUUCGUGCCCUUCGGCGUCAUGCUGUGCUCCUACCUGUGCAUCCUGCACACGGUCCGCAAGAACGCCAUCCGCGUGCGCAACCAGUCCGACAGCCUGGACCUCAGACAGCUCACCAGGGCUGGCCUGCGGCGGCUGCAGCGGCAACAGCAGGUCAGCUUGGACUUGAGCUUCAAGACCAAGGCCUGCACCACCAUCCUGAUCCUCUUUGUGGGCUUCUCGCUCUGCUGGCUGCCGCACUCCGUCUACAGCCUUCUGUCGGUGUUCAGCCGGGGCUUCUACUGCAGCUCCUCUUUCUACACCACCAGCUCCUGCGUCCUGUGGCUCAGCUACCUCAAGUCCGUCUUCAACCCCAUCGUCUACUGCUGGAGAAUCAAAAAAUUCCGCGAGGCCUGCAUUGAGUUGCUGCCCCAGACCGUCCAAAUCCUCCCCAAAGUGCCUGAGCGGAUCCGGAGGAGAAUCCAGCCGAGCACGGUCUACGUGUGCAAUGAAAACCAGUCCGCCGUUUAGGACAUGGGGUGGGGGAGGAUGGGGGACUGGUUCCAGGGCACAGCUCAUGCGUCCUUCUGCUCCAGGUCCUGGCGCCUUGGUGGUUGGUAGUCAGCAUU